AUGAACAAUUUACAAUUAAAAUUAGAUGUAUUUUGGAAUAAAAAAAAAUCUUCGAAUAAUUGUGUUACACAUCCAACAGAAAAUGAAAUUCAUAUGUUACCGUCGAGUUCAUUUCCAUCAUUAAAAACUGUUGAAGCACAAACAAGAACCUGUGAAAAUGAAUUUAUAUUUAGUAAUGAAGUUACAGUUGGUGAGGAAGCUGAAGUUGAAAAUGGACUUGUAGUUAGAAAUGAUGCUGAAAAUGAAGAUGAAAUUAAAAUUAUUAAUGAACCAUCAUGUAAUGAAUCAUUAAGUUCAAAAAACGAUCAAAAUAAAAAUUCAUCAGUUGGUGUUAAAGAAUGUUCCAAUAAGAAAAUAAAACCUGUUCGUUCUAACCACCGUACAAAAUACAAACCUUCUUGGGAAUUAUUAACUGAUGCACAAUACAAAACGUAUAUAUUUGAUCAUUGUGGAGUAAAUCUUCUACCAGCUGAAGUUUCAGGAGUAACUUAUCGAAAUGAUACAGCUGCGUUAUGUUUUCUACAACAUAUUGCUGCUGUUUUACAUCAAGAUUUAAUUGAGAAGAUAAAGAACAGUACUUCUCUGAGAUGGAUGUUGGAUGAAUCAACAUCCAGAACUACUGAAAAAUCCUGUAUCAUUGAUGUCCAUUAUGUUGAAAAUUAUGAGGCUAAAACAGCAUAUUAUGGGGUGAUAAACUUGGAUGGUGAUGGUAGUGCUGGUAAUAUUAUUAAAGCCUUAACCAGCAUGUGGGAAAAGGAUGGUCUUCAUCCAACUGACUCUUGCUGGUUAGCUACGGAUAAUGCAGCAACGUUUACUGACAUUCACGAAGGUGUUAUUGCAAAACUCAAGCGUCAUUUAUCUGCAGAAUGGUUAGAAUCAACUCCAUGUGUUGCUCAUUCAUUCGCACUUGUUGGUGGUGAAGCAUCAUAUUUACAAAAGUCUAUCCAUACUCAAAAACCAAUUCGUGCUGAGUCUGUUGUUAAACUAGAAACGACACUUACUGACAUUUACAAUUAUUUUGGAAGAAACAGUAAUCGCCAGUUUAGAUUGAAAUCUUGGCAGGCAUUUAUGGAAAUGCCAGAAAUAAAAAUGAAAAAAAUAUUUGAUAUUAGAUGGUCAUCUAUCAGUGGUUGUAUUAAGCCAAUUGUCGAUAAUGUUUAUCCAGGUUCACAAGCACUUUUAACUUGUCUUCAACAAAUUAUGUUGGACACCAAUGCAUCUAAUACAGAACGUGAAAAUGCUAAAAGUUUAUUAAACUCGAUUUUAGAAGAUGAAUUUUUAUUUCUAUUGCAUAUGCAUCAUGAUCUACAUGAAAUAGUACUAAGUUCUAUAACUAAAAUUAUGCAACACGACAACCUUUCAUAUUUUUAUUUGAUGGAAACUAUAGCUGAAAAAAGAAAAAUGUUGAGUUGCUGGGCAUCUGAAUCAUCAUCGAUUAUGGGACCAGCUUUAUGUGAUUACAUCGAAUCUACAGAAUCAGGAUCUUUUGAUGGAUUUAAAAUCAAAUUAGGUGAUAGAAAAAAGUUUCGAAAAGAUUGUCGUGAACAUGUAGAACGAUUGAUUCAACAAUUAGAUAAACGUUUUAAGCCUUCUAUCGUACAAGAAAGCUUAUCUAUAUUAUUUGAUCCUCAACAUUGUUGGAUUCCAUUGAUUAUGGUCGAUCUCAAUUAA